AUGUUCGCACCCAUCACCGCCCUCUUUGCCGCCGCGGCCCUGCUGCCGGGGUUGGCAUCCGGCGCCACGCUCAGUGGUCUGGGUACAAUCUCGGUGAUCAACUCCAGCUCCUUCACCACGGCCACACCUGACAUGUCCAUCGGCUGUAUCGAUGCCGCUGGCAGGCUGGUCAUGGACGGCUGUGCGACCUUCGAAUUCCGCGACGCCUACCCCAACGGUAUCUUCACAAGCGACGGGAACUGCUCCUUCACAGACUCGUCACAGCCGGCGAACACGGACAACCGCUACGGUGCCAGCAGCUAUGCCUGGUCGUGUUGGUCCCACGAGGCCGUGGUUACUGAUCAGAUCUACACAGUCGAUGGGUUUGCAUAUCCAUUCCUCUGCCAGGGCGACGUCAACUGCUACUUUGACAUUCCCAGUGCACCAUCGAAGGGAAGCCAGCAGCUGCCGGUCUGGAGGUACACGUGGGGCAGUGCACAGCCGGGAAUCACCCCUGGUCAUCUGAAGGCCCUGCUCCUGUGGGAACCCGUCUCAUCCUCGUGA